AUGCAGUUCUUCAAGGCCGUUCUCUCCACCAUCCUCAUCGCUGCCCCCAUGUGCGCCGUGGCUGCUCCUGCCGAGGCCAACUCCAUCGAUGCUCGUGGCCCCAGCGAUGUCGAUACCCUCAUCUCGCAGCUUCUCAACCUUGUCGACGUCGACACCGAGGUCGGCCUUGAGACCCGCGAUCUCGAGGCCCGUGCUGGCUGGACCUGCUCCUGGCUUGCCGGAAACAAGGGUUGCCAGAUCAAGUGCUUCCUUCUCAAGGGAUCUGGUGGCUACUGCAAUGGCCAGAACAUCUGCACGUGCUACUAA